UACCCAGACUGCAGCUGCAGCGGCAAGCAAGGAAACGUAGAUCUACUCUCGUUAUGGGCGGAGUUUGAAUCUUUCUCCCUAGACUCUGCCAUGAAGAGAGAACACCAAAAACUAAUGCAUCACAAAUUUUCUACUACUAAUGCUUCUUCGUUCAUUUGUUCAUCAAAUAUGUACUAAUCCAAGGUGAUAUUUUUUUUUCCUUUAUCAUAAUCAAGUGUAAUUUUGUUUUUUCGCUCUUCCUCUCUCUAUGGCAAUCCCACUCUCUCAUUUCCAAACCAUUUCAAAUGAUCAAAUUCCAGAUUCACUGUUAGACCGUAAUUUCUUGACAAACAAAACAGUUUCAAUCUUUUCCGGGACUAAUUUUCCAUUCGCUAGAAGAAAAAAGAGAAACCUAGUAAUUAACAGUUCUUCCUCCUCUUCUGUUGAACAUGGAUUACAACCAAGACCUAAACCUAAACCCACAAAACCAAAUCAGAAACAAAUUCAAACUUUGGAAUUAGUAAAUGAUUCAGAACAAACCCAGGUUAGGAAAAAGGGCAAACCUGUUUCUGGAUUAUGUAGUCAGAUUGAGAAACUUGUUUUUUACAAAAGAUACGAAGAAGCAUUAGAAUUGUUUGAAUUUUUAGAAUGUGAAGAAAGUGAUUCUUUUGAAGUGGGUAGUAGUACAUUUGAUGCACUUGUUGAUGCUUGUAUUUGUCUGAGGUCAAUUAAAGGAGUUAAAAGAGUAUUCAAUUACGUGAAUGAAAGUAAUUUAGAAUGGGAUCAGUAUUUAAGAAACAGGGCUUUGUUGAUGCAUGUGAAAUGUGGGAUGAUGAUCGACGCACGUAAGCUGUUUGAUGAAAUGCCUGAGAGAAAUUUGGUUUCUUGGAAUACAAUAAUAUUGGGAUUAGUUGAGAAAGGAGAUUAUGUAGAGGCGUUUCAUUUGUUUUUAUAUAUGUGGGGAGAAUUUUCUGAGGGGGAUGCUCGCAUGUUUUCUAUGAUGAUUAAAGCUUCGUCUGGUAUGGGGCUUGCUUGUCUUGGUAGUCAAUUGCAUUCUUGUGUGUUGAAGUUGGGAAUUGAUGAAGAUAUCUUUGUAUCGUGUGCCUUGAUAGAUAUGUAUAGUAAAUGUGGUAGUAUUGUAGAUGCUAAAGGUGUUUUUUAUGGAAUGCCAAAGAAGACUGUAGUUGGAUGGAAUACGACAAUAGCAGGUUAUGCACUUCAUGGGUACAGUGAGGAAGCUCUGGAAAUGUAUUAUGAGAUGAGGAAAUCAGGUGUGAAGAUGGACCAUUUUACAUAUUCAAUCAUUAUUAGAAUUUGUGCGAGGUUGGCUUCGUUAGAACAUGCUAAGCAAGCUCAUGCAUGUUUAGUUCGCAAUGGAUUUGGAGGAGAUAUGGUAGCUAAUACAGCUUUGGUAGAUUUCUAUUGUAAAUGGGGUAGAGUGGAAGAUGCUCGACAUGUAUUUGAUAACAUGCCGAGUAAAAAUUUAAUAUCUUGGAAUGCGCUAAUUGAUGGAUAUGGAAAUCAUGGUAGGGCACCCGAAGCAGUUGAGAUGUUUGAACGGAUGCUUAGUGAAGGAAUGGUGCUUAACCAUCUUACAUUUCGUGCUGUUUUGUCUGCCUGUAGUUAUUCAGGUUUAUCUGAUGUUGCGUGGGAGAUUUUUGACUCCAUGACUAGGGAUUACAAGAUCAAACCUAGAGCAAUGCACUUUGCUUGUAUGAUUGGAUUAUUAGGGAAAGAAGGUCUCUUGGAUGAAGCUUUUGCUUUGAUAAAAGAUGCCCCUUUUAACCCUACCGAGAAUAUGUGGGCUGCCUUGUUGACUGCUUGUAGGGUUCAUAAGAAUUUAGAGCUCGGGAAAUAUGCAGCAGAGAAGCUUUACGGAAUGGAACCCAUGAAGCUAAGUAAUUAUGUCAUGCUUUUGAAUAUCUAUAACAGCUCAGGAAGGUUCCACGAAGCUGCUGAAGUUGUAAAUACCUUGAGAAGAAAAGGAUUGAGAAUGCUUCCUGCAUGUAGUUGGAUUGAAGUCAAGAAACAGCCAUACUUUUUUGUCUUUGGAGAUAAAUCCCACCCUCAAAUCAAAGAGAUCUAUCGAAGGCUAGACAACUUAAUGAUAGAGAUAGCAAAACAUGGUUAUAUUACUGCAGAAAAAUCGCUUCUUUCUGAUGUUGAUGAGCAUGAAGAACAAAUUUCAUCUUAUCAUAGUGAGAAAUUGGCAAUUGCUUGUGGCCUAGUUAAUACAUCGGAUUCAACAUCUCUGCGAGUAGUACAGAGCCAUCGGAUUUGUAACGACUGUCACAACAUAAUUAAGUUGAUAGCUCUGGUUACAAGACGAGAAAUUGUUGUGAGGGAUGCCAGCAGAUUUCACCAUUUCAGAGAUGGAAGUUGUUCCUGUGGGGAUUACUGGUGACUGUUUCUUGGCUUUGUAUGUAUCUUAACUACACUUAUCAAUAUUUGGAAGUAAUGUCUGUAAUCUGUUGUGUAGCUUUUUUACGAGUUUCUCGGGGAAGCUAAAUUUUGUUAUUUCAAAUUUCAUUAAUUUAUUGUCCUGGUGAUGUUGUUGUCUAUUCAUUUAUUUAGCUUCCGGAAAUUAAAAAGUG